AGAUUGAGCUUCCAAAGCCAUAAACAUGGAAGCCGUUGUGCGGCCACUCUUCAGCUCAGCGAGUCUAUUACUACCCAGACCAUCUCCUUUCUGUAAUUACAUUAUCUGUAAUAAAUCCCCAUUUUUUCUCUCCCAAACUCCUACCUUCUCUACAACUCUCUCUGUCCCUUCUCAGUUCCAUUCUUCUGUUAUAUUUGCUGUACGGGAGAGUCAAUUGAGUGAGGGGGCAGGAGCUGAUGCAAGAGAAUGGGUAAUGCAAGAUUUUUAUACAUUAAGGAAGGAUGUAGAAACUGCCACAGAACGUGUUGAAGAGAUAAGAGCUGCUGCAUGUUUGCAGCAAUUAGAAAAAGAAGUUGCAGCUUUGGAACUGAAGGCAGCUGAUAACUCUUUUUGGGAUGAUCGUGUCCAAGCUCAAGAAAUCCUUCAAGCGCUGACUGAUGUCAAAGAUAAGAUAAACUUGCUUAACGAGUUCAAAACCAAGGUUGAAGAUGCAGAAACUAUAGUUAAGCUAACAGAGGAAAUGGAUUCCAUAGAUGCUGGGCUUCUUGAAGAGGCUGCAGGUAUUAUUAAAGAAUUAAACAAAGCAUUGGAUCGAUUUGAGUUGACUCAACUUCUUUCCGGCCCCUAUGACAAGGAAGGUGCAGUUAUCAAUAUUACAGCUGGUGCUGGAGGCACUGAUGCACAGGAUUGGGCGGACAUGCUUCUUAGAAUGUAUGUGAGAUGGGGAGAGAAACAGCGAUACAAAACCAGAGUGGUUGAAAAGUCCCCAGGAGAAGAAGCUGGGAUUAAGUCAGCCACAAUUGAAGUUGAAGGCCGUUAUGCUUAUGGUUAUCUCUCUGGGGAGAAAGGAACACAUCGAAUUGUGCGGCAAUCUCCCUUCAAUGCCAAGGGUCUGCGCCAGACAAGCUUUUCUGGUGUUGAAGUCAUGCCUCUUCUCCCUGAAGAGUCCGUUGGUGUUGAAAUACCAGAGGAAGAACUUGAAAUUAGUUUUUCAAGGGCAGGUGGGAAAGGAGGUCAGAAUGUGAACAAGGUUGAAACUGCUGUCCGGAUUACUCAUAUUCCAACUGGUGUCUCUGUUCGCUGCACAGAAGAGAGAUCCCAACUUGCAAACAAGAUUAAGGCUCUUAGCCGGUUAAAAGCCAAGCUAUUAGUCAUAGCUGAGGAGCAACGUGCAUCUGAAAUCAAGCUAAUAAGGGGAGAUGCAGUGAAGGCUGAGUGGGGGCAGCAGAUACGGAAUUAUGUAUUCCAUCCAUACAAACUUGUCAAGGAUAUAAGGACGGGAGUUGAAACAUCAGAUAUUUCAUCUGUUAUGGAUGGUGAACUAGAUACUUUCAUCAAAGCUUAUCUCAAGUUCAAAUACAGUAAGGCAAUUUCUGAAUCCGGGACCAAUUAACAUUAUACUCAUUAUUGAUUUUCUCUUUCAUGGACUAUAUGUAUAUAUAAGGGCUCCGAUUCUUCUGAUGGAAUGCAGAGCUAAGAAUGUACAUUAUCUUGACACAAGACAUUUCCCUUGCUUUUAUACUACUGAUUAGAAGUUGUAAGGUCAGAUACUCCAUCCAUACAGAAUUUCAGUGU